UCAGAGCCAGCUGAAAGUUUGUGAGGAGGACAGUGAGCUGCAGGCAGUUUAAUACCAACUUCCUUCCCCCACCGGGGCACUAACAUGGAGCUGGGGGCUUAUAAAUGUGAGCAAAAUAUUACCUCAAACAAACAAGUCUAUAGACUGUUAGAACACUCGAGAAUUUGAACAGACAGACCUAGGUUCAAACAUGGUGGAUGUAACUGGACUUCUUCUUAUCUUUUCGACUCUUCUGAUGAGGGGAACCGGCGAGUUGGAGCCGAAUAAUGGGUACUGCAUCGAAAACCAGUGUUUCAUUGUUCACCGAGAUCCCAGCGAUUUCUCGACCGCGCAGAAACAGUGCAGAGAUCUAAACGGACACUUAAUGACAGUGCGCUCAUCUGUUUCACAUGACAUUCUUGUAAUCUUGUUGGCGAACUUUACGGGGAGGUACUGGAUCGGUUUACAUCUUCUGGCUGGCUGUCCAGACGUUGAUGCUGAGCUGAAGGGUUUCCAAUGGGUGACCAAAGACAGCGAAAGUGACUUCUUCAACUGGGUGCAGGAUUUUGACAGCAGCUGCUCAUCUCAUCGCUGCGUCUCAGUUUCCAAGGAGGAUGACUUCAAAUGGAUCCAGGAACCAUGUGCUGAGCAGAGGGCAGGGUUUCUCUGUGAGCACUUCAUCAAAGAGCCAUGCAAAACUUUAGCGGUUGCAGACCAUGAGUCUGUCACCUAUACAACCCCCUUCGGGUUUCAGCGCGAGGAUAUGCUGUCUGUGCCUCCCGGAACCACCGCUAUCCGGAUGCCAACUGAGACCAAAUACGUCUGUUUCGCCGAACAGUGGCUGCAGGCACCCUGGAACUGCGAGAUACAAGAGGGAGGGUGUGAAUACAAAUGCGCAGUGGACAAAAAUGUGCCCUCCUGUUACUGCCCCCCAGGACAAACCGUCAACCCUGCAAAUAAAGUCACAUGCGAGGUGGCCACUGACGACCCUUGCAUAAAACUGGGUUGUAUGCACGCCUGCCUCCAGCAAGGGAACACCUAUAAGUGCUUGUGUGACCUUGGCUUUAAGUUGGCGGCCGAUGGCAGGACGUGCGUCGACUUAAAUGACUGUACAGACGAGCGGCAGUGUCCCGGAGAGAACUUCAUGUGCGUGAACACCCUCGGUGGUUUUCAGUGCGUCUGCAAGGAUGGGUACAAGAUGACAGGCGGCCUGUGUGUCGACGUGGACGAGUGCGUGUCUGCUCCAUGUGAGCACUUGUGCACAAACACGCCUGGUAGCUACAAGUGCCAUUGUUAUGACGGAUAUAAAGAGGACUCAAAGGAACCGUAUAAAUGUAAACUCCACUGCGGGAAGGCGGAAUGCCCUGCUGAAUGCGACCCAAAUGACAGGCUCCAGUGCUACUGCCCUGAGGGUUAUAUAUCUGAUGAAAGGGCAGACCACACGGUUUGCAUUGACAUAGACGAGUGUGCUUUCUUUUAUUGCGAUCAAGGUUGUAAGAAUACGUUCGGCAGCUAUGUUUGCGCAUGCAAUUCUGGAUAUACACUAGUUGGCCAAUACAAGUGCGUGAAAAACGAGGAUGAUUCAGACUUUGAUGGAGGGUCAGGAGGCUCCGGAGCCACUACGACUCUCCCCUCAGCACCACCUGUGACAUAUCCAAAUCCAACAAGGCAACCAUCCGGGGUGACCCCGGGCGGUCUCGCGGGGAUAAUAGUGUGCACUGCCAUUUUUAUAGUGUUUGUGGUGUUUGUGGCUCAUCACAUGCUGUGUGGCAGAGAUAAGAUGAAGAGCGCAACUGCGCUUGAAGCUCGGGGAGGCGAGACUCACGGUUCACAGCAAGGGACGACUGAUGUUUGAACGAGAGACAGAUGGGAGAGAGAGAGAGAGAGAGGGAGAGAUGUUACAAUAUUACAUGUCAAAUUUUGAACAGUUUUUUAAGUAUGUAGUUACCAAAGCACAGAAAUAAUGCCAGAAAUUUAUUUUGUCAUGCUCUUUAGGGAUUUUCUAAAGCAGGCUGACAAAAGAGUUAUUAAAAAGUAACAAAGUUAUCUUUGUUGAAGAUAUUCCCUGAUUUUGAAUGAUUUGCCAUUCAACCUACCUACAAAAUAUCUAUUUCUGUAACAGGUACGCUUUUUUGAAGGUCUGCCCUUUAAAAAAAUCAUUUAUAAAGAUGUGAACAAAGAAGUC